AUGGACAGCGAAGAAUUUCAAAAUCAAAUUGAUGAAGCACUAAGGAGAGAAGGGACAGAAGGAAAAGGAAAAGAAGUGGAGAAAUCAGAGGAGGAAAGAGAAGAUGGAGCAGGAGAAACAAGAAGGAAUCAAGACGAUCAACACACCGAAGAAAGUCAAAAAGUAGACGAAAACCCACCAGAAACAACGCCGGCAAUACUUAAAUCGGUCCCAACGAGACAGUCGAAAAGGAAAGCGGCACCGCCCAAGCCUUUUCCCCCACCGGCCACCAGCACAUCUAAGCUAAUCAGCCCGAUCAAAAUCAAGAAAGUGAAACCGAAUGAGGAAGCAAGUAAGAGCAAGAUUUCAAAGGCCACUAAAACCGGCUCCAACAAACCAUCAGCCAGCAACAAACCAGCAGCUGACGACACACAAGCGGCCAAACCUCAGGCAGCAAAACCGAGUCGACCUCCCCCUGUGGAACAACAAAUCGAGUAUGAUCAGCAAGUCGGAUCAUCGAGUGAAAAAGAAGACGAUCAACAAGUUAGAAGUGGUAGAUUAUGGGAAGAUACCAAAAGAAGUGAUGAACGCCCAGCCAUGAGAACGGUGGGUGGAAUAACACUUGGUGACCCGGUUGAACGAAAUGCCUCUGAAGGAGAUGAAAAGAAAAUGAACCCAAAUAUGUCACACAAGACGAAGGGAGGGAAGACAUAG